AAAUAAACACGCGGAAUCGAUUGCUCCUGAAAUGUAGUUAGUUUGCACGAAUUGCAUCAAAUAUGUAGGGAUUGUCGUGAUCACGCUUAGCUACCCCGAGCAUGUUUAAAAGCACAGGAUGUCGUUUUUCUUUUUCUUUUUUAUAUAUCUGUGCAACUGCGGCUUAUUGUCAGAAGUAUUUUCACGUUGUUUUGAUUUUUGGUUUCUGUUAAUUUGUCUAUUAAUUAGGCAUUAAUAGCUAGUUAAGGUCACCUAGAGAGCGAAACAACUCGUGAAAACACUCUCACACGGAGAGUUGUUUUCUUUGCAGUCCACUAUGAAUGCUUCUUCAGACGCGAUGUCCGGACCAGUGGUCAAGCUGGCAUCGAUGGCCGGGUUGCUGUGUGCCACUCUGGCCUGUGGCAUCGCCCCGCUGUGGGCCGUUAAAGGAUCUGGGAGGUGCAUCGCCGAUUCAGCAGCGCUGGAUUGGGUGAGCUGUUUUUCGGGCGGGGUGUUCCUGUCCUCCUGCCUCCUAGAGUUGGUGCCCGACUCCCUGCACUGCCUGCACGAAGCCUUCCUCAGCCUGGAGAUCAGACUUCAGUUCCCACUCCCAGAAUUCCUCCUGUCCAUGGGCUUCUUCCUGGUCCUGGUGAUGGAGCAGAUCGUCCUGGCGUACAAGGACCAAUCACGAGCCGCCAAGGAAGAGAGGUGGGCCCUGCUGAUGGAGCCCAGGGUCCAAUCGCAGCAAGGCCAGUCCCCCAGGGCCGGGGAGGAGCCAGGACCUGGGGGCGGGUCCCACUGUGACUCCGCCCGCCUCCAGGAGGACCCCGGCCCCGGAUUGGCCGUGGGCCCGGUCGCCCUGGUGGUCUCUCUCUCGCUGCACGCGGCGCUGGAGGGGUUGGUGGCAGGGCUGUGGACGGACGGCGGGUGGGCCCCGGGGCUCUGCGCCUCCCUGCUGCUCCGCCGGUGCCUGGCGGCCCCCAGCCUGACGCUGCACCUGAGCCGCGCACGGCUGCGUCCGGGCCUCGUCGCCGGGUGCCUCCUGCUCUUCUCCCUCGCCUCCCCGCUGGGCGUGGCCCUGGCCGGGGCCUCCGGCCCUCUCGCCGCACCCCGCCUGGCGAGCUCCACCCUGGGGGGACUGGCGGCCGGGGCCUUCCUCUACGUCACCUGCCUGGAGGUCCUCCCACGCCAGCUGGCCGCGCCGCGGAACCGGCUCCCCAGGCUGGCUCUGCUCCUCGCCGGAUUCACCGUCUUCACCGGGACGCUGUUCUUAAAGACCUAGAGCUGGGCCGGAGGGUCGCGGUGUCUGUCAGUUUUAAAUGGUAAAUAGAAAAUGGUUGGCCUUUAUAUAGCGCCUUUAUCCCUUUACAAUUGAUGCUUCUCAUUCACCCAUUCAUAGACACACUCACACACCGACGGCGAUUGGCUGCCAUGCAAGGCACCAACCGACUCGUUAGGAGCACUUGGGGGUUAGGUGUCUUGCUCUGGGACACGUUGACACACCCGGGGUGGGAUCGAACCGGCAACCCUCCGACUGCCAGACGACCGCUCUUAACAUCAAGGCCUAAGCUGGCUGCUGAGUGGGUGGAAGUGAAACCAUAGAAAUAUGCUGACACGGCGAGUAAAGCUUUGAUCUUGAGAGAGGGACGCCAUCUUGUGGCUGGGGUUUUGCGAGUUUUUUUUUCUUCUUCUUUCGAUUCAUGGUAACAUCUAUUUGAUUUGAUACUGAUAAUAUCAUAUUUACCCUAUCAUGACCUUUUCUGUUUUUUUGGUUUUUAUUUAUUAUAAUUCCCUGUCCGUCUGGCUUUGUAAAACAUUGUUGUGCACUCUGUUUAUGUUUAAAUGGGGUUUUCUAGAUGUGAGAUAAACUCUACUUUGUAAACGCUGUGGGGGAAAUACUGAUUUUGGCUCUUCCAGAAGUAUAAUCCUCUCACUAAUAGCUGCGCCUUUUUCACGUCAAACACGUGUAGUAGAGCACUACAGCCAAAGCGAUCAUUUUCAUUAGUCAUUAAAUAGUUGUUGUCUUCUCACUGGAACCAAAAAUGAAUCAAGCUAAAGCUAAUUUGUCUAUCAACUGACAAUGCUGGGGGUGUGUUUUGGGUGUUUACUAACACACAGCCAGAGGCAAUGAUACAAAAAAGAUUAUAUUAAAAAGCAACUGCUGUGUA